AACGUUGCAGUGAAAAUGUGCUCAUUUUAUUGGUGCAUUGGUGUUCUGUUCUUCGCUGGUUUCGCCACCGGAGAAAUUAAAAAUAAAGGAUGGUGGAAAAAUACCGUAUUUUAUCAAGUAUAUCCACGCAGUUUUAUGGAUUCUAAUGACGAUGGGACUGGAGAUUUGAAAGGAAUAACAAGCAAGCUCCAGCAUUUCAAAGACUCAGGCAUAGGAGCAGUAUGGUUAUCUCCAAUUUAUGCGAGUCCUAUGAUUGACAAUGGUUACGAUAUUUCUGACUUCCGCCAAGUGGAUAGCAUGUUCGGAACAAUGGCUGAUCUAGAAGAACUAGUAAAACAAGCCAAAAAACUUGGUAUUAAAAUUAUAUUGGAUUUGGUGCCUAACCAUACAUCUGACCAACAUAAAUGGUUUCAAGAUGAAAACACGAAAUACGAUUAUUACAUAUGGAAUAAAGGAAAAGAUAAUCAAAAACCUCCUAACAAUUGGCUAAGUGUGUUUGGUAACUCUGCGUGGACCUUACAUUCGAAAAUAGAUUUGUGGUAUUUUCAUCAAUUUUACGAGCAACAGCCUGAUUUGAAUUAUAAUAAUCCUAAUGUGCAAAAAGAGAUGGAGGAUGUUAUUAAAUUUUGGCUUGACAAAGGUAUCGAUGGGUUCCGAAUUGAUGCCGUUCCUCAUAUCUAUGAACGUAAUGACUUAUUAGAUGAACCAGAGUCGAAAAUUCCUGGAGUAAAAGAAAAUGAAUACGAUUAUUUACUCCACAUUUACACAAAAGACGAUCCUCGUACUUAUACGCUUAUUCGUAAAUGGCGACAGUUAUUGGAUGAUUAUGCCGAUAAAAACAAUUUGGAUGAAAAGGUUAUAUUAACCGAAGCCUACACAAAUUUAGAAAAUACUACACAAUAUUAUAACUUUGGAUCGCACGUGCCCUUCAACUUCAAUUUUAUCAUGAACGUUAAUAACAAAUCACAUCCGGCAGACUUUAAAAAAGUCAUAGAUGACUGGAUUUCUCACACUCCAGAAAAUGAAACUGCUAAUUGGGUGAUGGGCAACCACGAUCGUAGUCGCACUGCUACGAGAUAUGCCGGUAGAGCUGAUCAGAUGACGAUGUUAGCAAUGAUAUUGCCUGGCAUCGCGGUUACUUAUAAUGGCGAGGAAAUUGCUAUGGAGGAUAAUCCAGAACUUAUCUGUGAAGAAAAAGCCAAGGAGGAGGCGGACCCGCAAGCAAACAAGUGCGACUUUCGUGAUCCCGCUAGGACACCAUUUCAAUGGGAUGAUACAAAAAAUGCCGGUUUCAGUAAAUCUAAUACGACGUGGUUACCAGUACACAAAAAUUAUAAAUCCUUAAAUCUAGCUAAUCAGAAGAUAGCUUUAAAUAGUCAUUAUAAGCUGUAUCAAAAAUUAACUCAACUGCGAAGUACAUCAGACGCUUUGAAGAAAGGGAAGUUGCAAACUGAAGUAUUAAAUGAUGGAAAAGUGCUGGUUGUUAUACGUGAUUAUAACGAUAAAAAGGAAAUUGUCAUUCUUCUAAUAAAUUUUUCGGAUGACCAACCUCAAUCAGUAGAUAUUAAAAAGUAUACAUCUAUGGAACACCACGAUACCAACAUCUAUGUGUCUAGCAUUGGAUCGGAAAUUGGUUGGAAUUCAACGGUUACUGGUCUGAAACUGACCUUACCAGGGAAAGCUUCUGUAGUGGUGCAAACUGUCGUUGGUAACACUGGUGGAAAUAACAAUGGGACUGAAACUGGUAAAGGAACUGGCACUAAAACUACAUCAAAUGCUGCAAAGACAGUCAUUGUAACGAGUUUACUUAUGUUUAUUAAAUUGAGAUAGUUCAAUUUAAUUCAUAAGUGAAAUUUAUUAAAUAUUAAAAAUAUUUGCAUUUUUCUUAGUAAAAAAUAAUGCAGUAAGUGAUUAAAUACCACGAAAAAUCAAGUUCAAAUACAUUUAAUAAGAUAAAUUGUAAUAUAAUCUGUAAUCAAUAAAGCAAUUAUUGAUUACAGAAAGCGGGUAAAAAUAGAACAUAAUUAUUUUAAUGAUGGUAUCAUGGAAAUUGCACGAUGGUGGCCUAUAUUCCUCAUGGGAUUUAUUACGUAACAUGCAAAACUGAGAAUUUACGAUAAUUCACUUUUGCGAUUUCGAAGACAUUCAUUAUCUACGCGUUAAAACAAUUAAUAUAUAUUACAUUUUUAUAUUGAUAAGAAUCAUAUAGCUUUUUCUCUUUUUGAAAAAGCACGCGUUCAUUCCACGAUAAUCGCACAUGUUUUGUAACUCUUAAUAAACUAACCUAAUAAAAAUAUUUCGAGAAUAGAUAUUUUACGGCCAAUUCAGAUCAUGUUACUUCUAUAAAAAAAGAUAUACUUACGCAAGAAAUUUAUUCCAUUAAUUAUUGAAACUCACCUGAAACAGAAAAUAUAAAAAAUAUAUUAAAAAUAGUUUCUUUAAAAAAGGCAGUAUAAUAGAUAUAAGUAUUCAUUAUUCUCGAUCUAUGUAUU